CGGAGAAUACUCCCGAAGUGGAAGUACUUCUCAGGGCCCGUUCGUGGAUCGGUCUCGGAAGCGAGCAGAAAAGUCUGUUAUGGAGAGAGUGAGGAGAUGGAGGGGAAAAGACUGCGGGUUGUGGGCUGAGUUGCAGACGAGCCCGGGGGGUGGGGAGGAGGAGAUGAGAGAUGAGUGAAGGGAGGUUUGUGAGGGUCAUUGAUGUUGAGGGACUCGUGGGUAGAGCGACUGGAAAGGUCAGUGAAUGAGUCUGAGGGCAAAUCAAGUUAGGAUGGAGGAGCACUCAUGGGUCUUGGACACAUUUUUUUCCAGUACAGUGACGUGCGGUCUUGCAGGCCCCUCUCUCGACGCCCCCUCCCGCCUGUCUCUCCCUCUGCCAUCUCCCUUCUUCAAAAGGUGGGGGCCUGGGUGCGAAUGCUCCAGUGCGAGUGAAUCUGCACCCGAAGGUCUCUAUUUCGACACCCAGGAGAGCCGAUCCCGGUGAGCUCAGCUUUCACAGUUCUGCCUUUUUGUGCCAAGAAUAGGAGGAAAUGGCCAAAGCCCAGCUCAAAAUUGGCAGCAGAAAAUUCUCACAAGGGACCACACCAAAUCACCAGGCAAUAGGGCCUGCUGCGAUUCCAAAGAAAGAAACUGGAUGUCAGGAACUAAUGACAUUUGAGGAUUUGGCUGUGGGUUUCACCCAAGAGGAAUGGCAGUACCUGAGCCCUUCACAGAAGACCCUGUAUAGAGAUGUGAUGCUUGAAACCUAUAGCAACUUUAUCUUUGUGGGGCAGCAGCUUACAAAACCAGACCUCAUCCUCAAGCUGGAGGUAGAAGAACUGGGCCCAGCAUAUGGAAAAAUUUGGAACUUUCCAGAAGUCAUUGAUAAAGAGGCUGAGAAGCAGCAUCAGGUUGGCACAAAUAAUUGCCAGUCAAUCCAAGGUGGAUUCCCUGACAAGGGAAUAAUUAUAAUCAAACGUGUCCAUGAUGGUGAUGAAUUUGGAAACAGACUUCAUCUGAACCCAAGCCUUACUCUUCUAAUACAAAGACCUCAUGAACUUGAAUCAUUUGGAAAUACUGUGGUAAAUAAUUUAGACUCACUAAUUACCAGCUCUGGAGAAAAGAAACAUGAUAAUAGAUGUAAAAUUUUAUUCUUUCCUCCUGGGUAUGAAAAAACAAAUUUUGUACUGGAAUCCUAUGUAUAUAAAGAAUGCGAAAAAGGCUUUAGGUAUAAGAAAGGUCUUAGCCUUCACCAGAGAAUUAAAAAUGGAGAGAAGCCUUUUCAAUGUACUGCAUGUCAGAAAACCUUCAACAAGAAAUCACACCUUAUUGUACAUUGGAGAACUCAUACGGGAGAAAAACCUUUUGAAUGUACCGAAUGUGGAAAAGCCUUUAGCCAAAAAUCUCAGCUCAUUAUACACCUCAGAACUCACACAGGAGAAAGACCUUUUGAGUGUCCUGAAUGUGGUAAAGCUUUCCGAGAGAAGUCAACUGUUAUUAUUCAUUACAGGAUUCAUUCUGGAGAAAAACCUUUUGAAUGUAAUGAGUGUGGAAAAGCCUUUACUCAAAAAUCAAACCUCCUCGUUCAUCAGAAAACACACACAGGAGAGAAAAUGUAUAUGUGCACUAAAUGUGGAGAAUCUUUCAUCCAGAAACUUGAUCUAAUUAUACACCAUAGUAUUCACACAGGUAAGAAGCCCAAUGAAUGUAGUGACUGCAAGAAAACUUUCAGUGACAAGUCAACCCUCAUUAUACAUCAGAGAACACACACAGGAGAGAAGCCUCACAAAUGUACCAAUUGUGGGAAAUCUUUCAAUGAGAAAUCAACUCUCAUUGUGCAUCAGAGGACUCAUACUGGAGAGAAACCCUAUAAAUGUGAUGUGUGUGGAAAAACCUUUACUCAGAAGUCAAACCUGGGUGUGCAUCAGAGAACUCAUUCAGGAGAAAAACCCUUUGAAUGUAAUGAAUGUGAGAAAGCUUUCUCUCAGAAAUCCUAUCUCAUGCUACAUCAAAGAGGCCACACAGGAGAGAAGCCAUAUGAGUGUAGUGAAUGUGAAAAGGCCUUUUCCCAGAAGUCCUAUCUCAUCAUACAUCAGAAAACACACACUGAAGAAAAACCAUAUCAAUGUAUUGAGUGUGGCAAGGCCUUUCGAGAAAAGUCGAAGCUCAUUAUCCAUCAGAGAAUUCACACGGGAGAGAAACCCUAUGAAUGUCCUGUGUGCUGGAAAGCUUUCAGUCAGAAUUCACAGCUCAUAAUCCAUCAGAGAACACACACCGGAGAGAAACCCUAUGUGUGUUCAGAGUGUGGCAAAGCCUUCAGGGAAAAAUCUACAUUUACUGUACAUCAGAGAACUCACACUGGAGAGAAGCCGUAUAAAUGUACAGUAUGUGGGAAAGCUUUUACCCAAAAAUCCAACCUAAUUAUACAUCAGAGAACACAUUCAAGAUCGAAGGCCCACAGAAGAGCCCCCAACUGCAAGGCAAAGCUUACCACACAUUAGGGAAGAAAACAAGUGUGUUAUGUCAGUUAAAUGUAUUAAAAGUACAUUAUAGCUGGGCACCAGUGGCUCACACCUAUUAUCUUAGCUACUCAAGAAGCUGAGAUCUGAGGAUUGUAAAGCCAGCCUGAUCAGGAAGGUCUAUGAG